UCUCAAGCCACACCAUAUGCAUGUGGAGCAGGUCGCUGAAGGUCUCGGGGCCGGACACUGUCCGGUGCUUGGGGCACGUGGGGCCGAGGGGCGUGGGGAAACUGAGACAGCUGUGAGAAGGAUGGGUCUAAGAGCACCCGUCGGCCCUGGGACGGCUUGUGGCCACAAGCGGGCGCCCCGGAGCACGGCCAGGGCCGCGCCCUCCGGCGGGCCACAUCCCUGCUUCCCCGCCCCGGGCCACAGUCGCCGCCUGCACUCGCCCGCCUCCUAUCUGCGAGAGCCCACGCAGUUCCCCAGGUGCUUCACCAGCACAGCAGGAGGUAUGGCGGGCGUGGAGCAGCACGAGGGCACCAUCCAGGUGCAGGGCCAGAGCCUCUUUUUCCGAGAGGCUCAUCCGGGCAGUAGGCAGGCCACCCGCUUCUCCGUGCUGCUGUUGCAUGGCAUACGCUUCUCCUCUGAGACCUGGCAGAACCUGGGCACGCUGCACAGGCUGGCCCAGGCUGGCUACUGGGCUGUGGCCAUUGACCUGCCAGGUCUGGGGCGAUCCAAGGAAGCAACAGCCCCUGCCCCUGUUGGGAAGCUGGUCCCCAGCAGCUUUCUGGCAGCUGUGGUGGAUGCCUUGGAUAUGAGCCCCCCAGUCGUGAUCAGCCCAUCGUUGAGUGGCAUGUACUCCCUGCCGUUCCUCGUGGCCCCAGGCUCCCAGAUCCGGGGCUAUGUGCCAGUGGCCCCCAUCUGCACUGACAAAAUCAAUGCUGCCGACUAUGCCAGAGUGAAGACCUCGGUUCUUAUCGUAUAUGGAGACCAGGACCCCAUGGGUCAGACCAGCUUUGAGCACCUGAAGCAGCUGCCCAACCACCGGGUGUUGGUCAUGGAGGGGGCGGGGCACCCCUGUUACCUUGACAAACCAGAGGAGUGGCAUACAGCGCUGCUGGAUUUCCUGCAGGAGCUAGCAUGAGGCACAGCCCUGCUGAUGGGGGUGGGCCACUUGCCUGCCUUGGGCUCUCUCUCACUCAUUCUUUCUCCUUCUCUCCGUGGCUCCUGCUCAUCCUGCACAUCCAACAGGUGUGUCUUUCUAUCUGAGUUCUUUUAGGGUCUGUCUUUUCCUCUUCUUUCUCUUGCAGUGACAGACUGAAGAGGUGAAAUCAAGAGAAAAAAAUUCAGGAGUCAAGGGACAUAAUCUGGUGGAGGGUAAUCCAUUAGAUGAGCUUCUCCUAUAGGCUUUCCUGCUCCGCUUGCAUUCCUUCCUCUGCUCUGCCCAGCCUCCCCCCACCUCCCAGCUCCUCCUUUGGCUGCCCUGCAGGGCACAAACACCCCCUACCUUCACCUCUUAGGCUACAAACACAUACAUGCCUACAUGCAUGCAUACACAUUACAGUCAUCUAUGUUCCCAAAUAUGAUCCUUCACUUGGGGGCAACCACACAGGUACAUGCAACUCUGGGCUGAUACGCACAGUCUCACAGCAGCUUUGCAUUGCAUGCACAGGCACACACGCAUACUCUGUCCCCACACAAGCACUUGCACAGGCACAUGCUGCCCUCUCCAACCAUUCAGCACCCCAUGGCUGGGAAGGUGGGGACACCAUGAGGCUAGCCCUUGCAGGAGACCCUCUACCAAGCUUAGGGUGUGGCCAGCUUUGAACUUCACUCACCCACAGGUUGCAGCUGGCCCCCAGAUCAGAAAUGCCCACAAAAGGGAAGGGCCACCACUUCGACCCUCAGAUCUCCCAGCUUUUCCACUUUCUUCUGGGUGCUCCUCAGCUCCCCAGGUUAUUAGGCCUGGGUCUUCUCAGCCAAGCCAGUUUCCUGCUAUGAGCUUUGGGAGGUGGGGAGACAGAGAUUGGAGGUCUGUGAAAUAAAGUGAUGCAAUUAGA